AUUUAAUUAAGAUUCAAAACAUAUCCAAUUUUGAGACGAAAAGGUCAAAUUAGACGGAAUAUACUGAGACGAAAGUAGUAGCUUUUAGCAAGCCAAAAUGGAAUGCAAAUUAUACGGUACAACCGGCUGUGUAGAUCAAUGGAAGGAGAGGCAAGCCGAUGACGAAGAAGAGGCGAAUGCGGCAAAACCGAAGGAACGGUGGAGCUAUGGAGCACCGACGAUGGCUAGAAUCGAAGAACGAUGGAGCAGUGGGAUGAAGAAAUUUGACCUGGAACCGCCGUCAAAUGCCACUGUCCGUGAGCAUUGUUGGGCUCUCACCCUCACUUUCCUGUUGCUCAUUCCAUGUUUUUCGCAUCACGUGAUCGUCGCGACCGAAGCCCGUCGAUUAGGGAAAUCUAUGGAAAAACAUAACAAUGAGCUUAGCAAGAAGAAGAAGAACACGAUCAUGGCUAUGGCAGCGGAGGCGGAUGUUGGGCUUGCGACAGGUGGCUAUAGAAACGGUUGGAAAGGUGGUAUGGGUUCAGGUGGUGGGGGUUAUGGUCAGGGGUAUGGGUAUGGGAACAAUGGAGGGUGCGGUGGCGGUGACUGUGGAGGAGGAGGCAGAGGUGGCGGUGGUGGUGGUUAUUGUGAUGGAUGGGCGGGUGGUUGUCACGGAGGAGGUGGAGGAGGUGGAGGUGGUGGAGGAGGAGGGUCUGGGGAAGGCAGGGUAUACGGCCCGGGUGGGAAGGGUAAUGGGGGAUAUGGGGGAGGCGGCGGCGGCGGGGGUGGUGGUGUGGAUGGAGGUUAUGGGAAAGGUGGGUAUGGUGGUGACGGAAGCGGUUCCGGUGGUGGAGGUGGUUAUGGUGGCAAUUCUCGUGGCGGUGGCGGCGGUGGGUAUGGCAGUGAUACUAGUGGCUUUGGCGCUAGGAGUAGUUCUGGUGGUGAUAAUGGUUCAAAUGGUUAGAAUUUUAUAUGAGUUAACCAAAUACUACCAUAUAUACACACAUAAUAAGGGGUGGAUGUUACCAAUUGCAAAAUAAGGAUUAGUCCAGAGAUUAGAGUUACAACUCAAUCACCAAAUGUGUUGCUUGAUGGUGUUUACCUACUACCUUAAUUGUGUGAGUAGUCAACAACAAUGUCCACCAAUGCAAGAAAAUCAAUAAACAUUA